AUGUCUCGCUAUCCUCCAUGUUGGUCUGGCUCUUGCGAAGAUCCAGAGUGUUGUGCUAUAGGAAAGAAGUAUAGGUGGCCAGAACUGGUUGGGAAAAAUGGACAAUUGGCGAAAAUGACGAUCGAAAGAGAAAAUCCUAAUGUGUUAGCGAUUGUCCUUCGAUAUGGAGAAAAGCGGAUUGAAAACUUUUGCUGCAACAGGGUCUUUGUUUAUUUAGGUUCCAACGGCCAAGUUGCAGAUGCUCCUAUGAUCGGUUGA